CGAAAUAAGUGCAUUACUACUACAGCUACUUUUAUAAACCCGAUUUACCUAGCAGUGCUCAUGGCCUUACUUUAACGUACCAUAUCUCGUACAACUUCCUUAUUUCAAACUUUUCGGUUGUUGUGAAUAACAACACCGGCACACACAUUAUCUGAUUUUGCAGUGGACAUCUGGAUUUUCAUUGUAAUCAAAACACCACUACCUACAGCUUUUUACUCUGUUUUUUUUCUAUUUUUCGUCCCCGAGAAUGAGCAGCACGAACGCCACGAGUCCAAGUUCCGGGCGCCCAUCCGUGCGCAGCUCCGCCAUUUCGCGCAUGGGGGGUGAUGACGAGAAUGCCGGCGGUCGCAAUCUCGUCCGGCCGAGCCGCGUCCCUCCGACGGACCCUCGAGACAGCCGCAAAGACCCGGCGCGGCCGAGAAUGAAGCGGAGCCGCAGUGGCCGCGACUUGUCGCGCAGCAAAGUGACGCCGAACGAAAACUUGCAGCUGGCGGUCAACGACGACACAAAGUACGACGUUUUUUACCAGGACCUGGAAAACUUAGCAGCUGAACCCGUCGUGGGGAAGUCCCUGCGGAACGAGAGCGACAAGGAGCUGGCCACCCGCACGGCCAACGGGGUGGUCGUUCUGGAGCGCACGCAAUCCGGAAGGAUGCGCCUGGACGGCGGCAAGACCGCAACCCAAGGAUCCGCAGUCUUAUUCUUGGACGAUCGGAUGAACAAUAGCGCUAACAGCGCGGUAGGGGUAGCGAGUACGGACGACGUGAUUUUGAGGAAAAAGAUGAUGGAUGCGCCAGAUUUUGACGACAACAUGAUGGCCCCCUUGACCUCGAACUCUGGCGGCACCGGGGACACGCUGACCACGCGCAACAGGACGGCGGAGGGGUCUUCGACGCAAGCCGGCAAGGCGAAGUUGGUUGGCAUGGGCGUCGCGCUUGCGGUGCUGAUCGCCGGUGCGGUGGCAGGGGUUUUUGUGUACAAGGAGUUCUUCGACGACGACAGCGAUAGCGGCGGUCUCGCCGCAUGUCAGCCCGGGUACGGGAGGACCGCGGCGGGCGGGGCGUGCGUUGCGAUCGGCGACGCGGCCUCCACCAGCAGCGCCGACACGGUGGAGGUGGAGUUGGUCGCGCAGCGCGUGGACAUGCCGGUUAGCUUUUCCUAUCCCGGGACGCCGCAGCAGGCGGCGGACGCAGUGGUCAGUGAUCCAGACCUGCAGGCGGGUUUUUUGCAAGGCUUCUGCGUCACACUGGGGUCGGCCUUCGAGGGUGACAACUGCCAACAGUGGGUCUCCAUUGCCAGCGCCACUCCAGCGACAGCAGCACGGAAAAACAGGAAUCUGCAAGGACGACUGUGGUCAUCUUCAUCAGUCAUCUCCAAACCAGCGAAGAUCAUGGGCGAUGGUCUGCAAAAAAACGAAGACCACGCAGCGCUGCCUUCGGCGGAAAGAAUGCGGCAGCUGCAGGGCGAAGUUGACGUCGAGCUGGACAUUGAGUUCGAGGUCGACGUGGCAGAUAACGAGACCGCGAACGCGCUGGCAGACGUGGUCCAGUACAUUGACAAGGACACGCUGAAAGACAACAUGAACAAGGAAAUUCCGAAGGCGAUCGAAAAUAGCAGCACAAAGACGCAGGAGCAGAAGAACCAGUUGAAAGCACAGAUCAAGAUGAAGGAGAUCAAGCAAAUGAAGGCCGACAAAGGAAAACGGCGGAAAAAGAAGAAAAAUUUGCCGAAGACGAUGGUCAUCACGGACGACGAAGGGGAGGGCGCGAAUGGACAGCAAGACGGUGCCGCUGGUAGUUCCUCGAGCGGUGCGGGUGGAGGCUCCUCGUCCUCCUCCAACAACGGCGGCGGGAAGGUGAAGCUGCGGUCCGUCGUGCCGAGCAACGAGUUUGACUUGGCGGCCCAGAUCAUGUCGAAUUCCUGCGAGCGCGACGUCACCAAGGAGCUGGCGGAAACGGAGGCGGAGGCGCCAAGCCUAGCCGAUGCGGACGUGGCGGCGGGAGCCCCGCACGGUCCGAUGGAUCUGGGAAACUGGGCCCAAAUCCUGCAGAGCUUCCAGGAGGUGUUUGGCGAGCAAGCGGAGCUGCGCCAAAUGCUGGUGCACGUGAAGCCGCAGCGGUGGCUAUCAAAUGCAAAAAUGUCUGGGUCUGGAAGACUCCAAGAUUUGUCAUGCCUGUCUGGGAUGACCAAAAAGUUUGUGAUGCGUGUCCAAGAAGAGACCCUUUUGCCUGUCAUGCAAAAACGCAGUUUGUCAUGCGAAAAACGCGACACAAAGAAGCGCAGAUAUUUCUCAUGCUUGGCUGUGCAUUGCAGCGCAUUCCCUAUUCCCAGCGCAGCAUCACAAGUUUCCAGACCCAGACAUUUUUGCAUUUGAUAGUGGCGGUGUUUGAACAACGAUGUGACGGUAUUGCAGUGAAAAGUGCCCCCCACCCCUGAAAUUGCAAAAACUUGUGAUGCGAAAUUUUCAAAUGAAAACUUUUUGUCACGCAUGAAAGUGGUAUGAAUCUUUCUGAUGCAGAUUCUAGGCGUGUAUCGCAUCGCUUGCAUGACAAGCGCCGCUCUUGCUGGGGUCUUUUGCAAUACAAAUUUUUGCUAUUCACGACUGUGGAAACCUGUGAUGCUGAUAGAUGCAAGAGGGCGAGCGUUUCAUUUGGAAAGGUUUGCAAUGCAAAUGCUCCCAAGCUCGGGGGUGGGGGCAUUUUUCAUUGUAAUAACCGGACCUGGUCGGGGAGCAGGAGCGGCUGGAGUUCGAGCAGAAGGAGAACGAUCGCCAAGUGAAGCUGCAAGAGAAGGAGCUCGAGGAAAAGAUCGCUGCCCGCGCGAAGGCGAAGGCGAAGCAGCGCGAGGACGACGCGAAGGCCAAGGGGGAGGCUGCGGAGCAGCGGCGGAAGCAGGCAAAGGCGGAUCGCGAGGCCGCCGAGGAGAAGCUAAAGAAUGCCAAAAACGACGAGGAGCGCCAGCGCUUUGAGCGUGAGAAAAAGGACGCAAAGGAAAAGGAAGAGAAGGAAGAGCGGGAGAAAAAUGAGCAGGAGGCCCGCAAGAAAAAGGAAAAGCUUGAGCAAGAAGAGUUGGCGCAGGAGAUGGAGGCCAAGAAGAAGGAAAUGGACGAACGCAAGGCACGACAGAGGCAGGAGGAAGCGAGGCGGAAGGCGGAAAAAACCAAGGACGCCGAGGAGAAAAAGAAAGCGGAGGCAGAAGCCCUUGCGGCUGAGGCGGAAUUGAAGGAGAAGGAAUUGAAGCGGAAAGAGGUAUAGAGAGACGUAGAAAUGUUUCUUUGUUGUAUGUGAAUAGAGAAUAUAAUCUGCAUCUGGUUGCAAACGAUGACCCAAUAAUUUUGAGCAAGUUGAAGUUGUUUCGGCAAAAAUAAAAAUCUAAUCACCUGAUUCAAGAGCACACUGUAGCUUGUCAUAGUAGUAAUGUGGGAUCUACUUCUACUUUCUGUUGACUUACUAUGUAUACUUAUACAACAAAGCUCGCGCUCUAGUGCGGGAGAUUAGCAACGUCAACAGAUGGUCGCGGUCUUUCUGGUGUUGUCGGAAAUUGCGACUCUUCUUUCUAAACAGGCUCAAGCAGAAAGAGAAAAGCUGCGGGCAGAACGCGAAAAGGAAGAUGCUAAGGUGCGCGAGAUUCAGGCAGCAAAGCGGAAAGCUGCCGCGAAGAAGCAGCGCGAAGAGGCGCAGGAGCGCGCCCGCGUGGCGAAGGAAAAGGCGGACGUGGAGGCCGAGGCGCAAGCGAAGGCCGAAGCAGCUGCAGCGGCGGAGCAGGAGGAGAUCGAGCGGUUGCAAGAGGAAGAAGAACAGAAGAGACGGGAAAAGGCCGAGGCGGAGCGUUUAGAGAAACAACGCGAGGCCCAGGAACUGCGUGAGAAGCAGGAAGCCGAGAAACAGCGUUGGCGCAAGGUCCAGGAAGAAAAGAAAGCGCAGGAGGCCGAGGAGGCCGCCAAGAAAGCCGAAAAGGAGAAAAAAGCGGCCGAGGAGGAGGAAAAACAGCUGGCGGAGCAGGCCGCACGGGAGCAAAGCGCGCAAAAAAAAGCCGAGCUCGAACAGCGCCGCAAGGAGGCCGAGGAGCGAAAGGCCGCUGCCGAGCAGCGACGCAAAGAACAGCAGGAGCGCCGCGCCGCUGCCGAGGCGGAAAAGCAGAAGGCAGCGCAGGAGCAAAAGGCGGCCGAGGACCGGCAGAAGGCGGAGCAGGCGCUGCGGCAGGAAGCAAAGCGGGCUCGUGAACAAAAGCAGAAAGAGGUGCAAGAGGCCUCGCAAAAGAAAAACAAGAAGCAGCAGCAGGCGAAGGAUAUGUCGAAGGAGCGUCAGCGGCAAAAGAACCAGCGGGGCGGCAAACGGUUCUUGCGGGCGGGAGCGGCAUCUUCCUCCGAGGCGUUUGAUACGUAUUCCCGCUCGUUGGCGCACAGUGACGAGCACCCGGAGGAGAAGUGGAGUGCGGAGCAGGCCGCUUAUGACUCAGACGAGGCCGAGGAGAACGAGAAGAAAGAAAAAGAAGAAGAGCGUGCCCGGCACGUACACCAGCACAAAACACGCAAGGACUACCGGCGCCCCAUCACCAUUCCCGCGACCAUCCAAUACAAGGGAAAGCGGUGGAGCCAGGUCGGGUUGUCCUUCCUCCCGGACAAUCGCGAGACGGGGAAGUUCAGCCGCAAGAGCCUGAAAAAGCGGUCUUGGGCACUGAAUUUCGGGAAGUUCCGCCGCAGACAGAGGUUCUACGGGUUCAAGCGAUUAAAAUUGGUGACUAGCAACGGGGACAAAUCCCGCAUGCGGGAGAAGCUGAUGACGGAUCUUUACGCCCUCGCCGGCUUAGCCGUGGCGCACACACAGUAUUACGUCGUGUAUCUGGACUCCACCGCAACCGUCCCGAGUACCAACAAAGCGGACUACAAAUUUCUCGGAAUCUACCUCGCGAUGGAGGACGCCAAAGACACGGUGCGGCAAACCGAGUUUUUCCGGUCGACCGCCAACGGGGUCGGAAACGCGCUGAAGACCGACUUGAGCGUCGAGUGGGAGGCCAUGGAGUCGGAUGUGCGCAAAGGCUGGGCGGCUAGCAGCUCGAACCGUCGGAUGCUGCUUCCGGCUGGUACUUCUUCGGGACAUGAAAAAGUUGCAGCUCCUGGAGAUGAACUACAUCACCAACAUCUCGAAGAACGCCAGCUGCAGGAAACGGAUCCGACCGACGCCUCCAUUUCUUUGCCGCCGGUGGACGAAGAGGAAAACGAAAUUGCUUUGCCUGUGAUGCCGACCAGCAUGUACCACAGCACCGGCGACCUGUACAAGCCGACGCCCACAAGUGCGCGACUGGGGCUGCCCGAGCGGGUCACCCGGACCAAAGAAAAGACGGAUCUCGAAAAGGAGGAGGAGGCGGAAAAUCUUGACACGGAGGAGCUGAAACAGAUGGCUCAGCGUUUGAAAGACCGGAAGGAGAAAGCCGCGAAGGGGCUGAGCGUGUCCCAGGGUGGCAAGCAAUCCGGACCGGAAGCGGCGAUCAAAUUCAAGACGGAGGACGGAAGUGGCGGACCGGCGGGAGGCACCACUUCGGGGUCAACAUCUGGCUCCAAUGUGUUGGACAAGAAAACCGAACCGCUCAAAAAAAUGCACAUGCUGCCCAAGCGGGCCGUGAACGGCACGGAGAGCCUGAAGCCCUAUGCGGACUACCGGGCAAUGCUGCACGCGCUGCACAACGUGCCCCGCCGCAGCCGCAUCACCAAGACCGUCAAGGAGGACAGCGCGCUGGCGGCACUGGCCAGCGGCGCGACCGUCGUGGCCCGGCGGCGCAUGUUGCAACAGCAGGUCCGACGAGAAGAUGAUAACCCAGAUGUUGAACUUCUGCGGCAACUGCAAACUGAAGACACGACGGCACAACAGCAGUUGAAGCAGAAAGAGAGGGAGAAGCGCAAGCGGCCGUGGCGCAUGUGGAAGCGGUUUGACUCGCACCGGGAUCCCCAGGCGCAAAAGUGGCGACAGCAACUGGGCAAAACCUUCGACUACUUCUCCUGGGUCAAGUACAUGGCGGUCAGCGCCGCCUUCGCGAACGACAAGAUCUACGGCAGCGAGCAGAGCGGCGGCGGAGACUACCUGCUGUACAACGCCCCCGCGGGGCAGGCGAACUUCAACCACGCGGGCCCGGUCUGCAUGAUCGAGAGCUGCCUCCCGAGCGUGCAGACCGGUCCCUGGGAGGGCAAGGAGGGGAACCUGACCUACAUCUACAGCUACGCUAGCCCGCCGGCGUACACCAACCCAACGGCGUCCGGGCGGCUCACGUGGCUGCCGACGCAGUUCGCGAGCGCGUUCCGGGGAAAGGGGAAAAUGACCUCGCUCAACUUCAAGAAGCUCCGUCCCGGUUGGCCGAUGUUGCAGUAUCUGUACGAGGACAGCGUGUCCCGGGCGUACUACCUCUACGCACUGGAGAAAAUGGCGCAACCGGCGCCGUGCGCGCAGUCGUGGGACAAGGCGGCGGGAAACUGGGUGGAGAUGUGCGGAACGAGUGCGGACACCAUGCCCUUCCACGAGGACAUGGCCCAAUAUCUCUUCGCGAAGCUUGCGGCCGUCGGCCGGGGGUCCUUCACCUGGCAACAGGUGCUCACAAACCUGGUUUCCGCGCUGCACGCGCCCGGCGGCCUGGUUGACGACAAGCUGCUGCAGAAGCAGGUCAAGCACUACGAACAGCUGAUCACCAGCUUCAUCACGCAGGAGGACCGCGCCCUGGAGAAGGAACAGGAGGACGAGACGGCGUUGCUGGAACAGAAGGCACAAGAGGAGAAGGAUAUUACAAUGAAAAAUACCCCCACCCCCACUGUUGCAAAAAUUUGUGAUGCGAAGUUUCAAAAUGAAAACUUUUUGUCAUGCAUGAAAGGAGUAUGAAUCUUUCUGAUGCAGAGUCUAGGCGUGUACCGGAUCGCUUGCAUGACAAGCGUCGCUCUUGCUGGGGUCUUUUGCAAUACAAAUUUUUGCUACUCACGAUUGAAAACCUGUGAUGCUGAUAGAUGCAAGAGGGCGAAUGUUUCAUUUGGAAACAAAGGUUUGCAAUACAAAUGCUCCCAACUUCGGUGGUGGGGGCAUUUUUCAUUGUAAUAAAGGAAGCGGAAGUGGACAACGUGAGCAACCUGCUAAUCAGCGUGGGCGGCGCGACGGACGUGAGUCAGGUGGAAGCGAAUCUGAAGGCGAACACGGACGACGUGGAGACGCAGGAGGACGAAAAAGUGUACGACCAGUUCUCGGUCGCCGCCUUGGACGCCGACGGCGAUGAUUCUACGGAUGACAAGCUCGAGCUAAAACCCGAAAAGGAAAAGGCUGAUCAGGACAAGGCAAAAACGCCCCUGGAAUUCUUCCAGCUCGGGGUCGAGCAGCUGCGGCGCAAGCUGGCCUUUCGGGUGAAGGUGGUCAAGGAGGGCGUCCCCGUUCUCAUCAAAAAAGAAAAUGAGAAGAAACAGUAGCGGAGCUGCGCGUGGCUACGGCGACGAGUUUCUUUUGGAAGGUUGCAGUACUUUGAUUGCGAAAAUAAAAAAGCAGCAUCAUGUUUGUAUGUAGGCAUGAUAGCAUGUGAGCAGCUGCAGUAACAAGAAGUAGCACUACCACUAAUUUCUACCAUGGAACAAGAGCUGAUCACUCACAAAAAGUGUCUGUUUAUCCAUAACAGCGUAAUAUAGUUCUGGCACGCAGUUUUGCUUCUUUUUUUCUGGCUUUUGAGCUUAUUUCAUAUUUAACUCAUGUUCAUCACUUAAAUUUAUCCCUCUAUGCCGCUUUUAUGACUUCAUCUAUAUUCCUUUUGUAAGUAAUUUCUAUGAAAAAAAACGUUUCUUUCAAUAUGUCACAACUCUGUCGCGCUCGCCAAUCUUGGGAUGAAGUUACACUACGCGAACGUGUAGCUACCCAAUUCAUCCUUCCGCCGAAGAGGCGCUAAGGCGUUCUGGGUUCAGUGGUAAGUCUGCCAGUUUCAAGAGCCGAGACUUUUGACUUCAAGCAAUCGCGUCGUUGAACAAAGUAUUGUACAAGCAUAGUUCCUAAUCGUAUCGUAACGUCAGACUAAGACAAAUUGUUCUUCUUGGUUUCUAUGCUGAUUCCAUUGUGCCCAGGCGAGAGUCUGUGGAGUGGAACUUCUGUGGCUGGACAAGCCGCCUUCGAGACAGUUGUUGCAGUACUUGUUUCAUCUCUUCUUUGGGCAGGACUGAACAUGUGACAGAAAGCGUUUGAAAUAUUCAUUUUCAUACAUUGUGUGACAAAAUGUGCGCAACCUUCGCACAGAAGGUCCGCACAAGAUUUUGCCAAACGCUUGUCUGACCAAACUAAACACGAAGAUGAUCC